AUGGACAGUGUUCCGUCGAUGUCCAAUGUGUGGCUAUACAUGCCACAACGGAAUUCCAUUCUUCACCUCAUACAACUCGCUAACGAAGUGCAUCCAUUUGUCACUUUUACGGGGGCAGAAUUCAUUCUCAUUGGAUACUUGGCCGACUACACUCACAUCUACCCCAUCUAUUGUGACAAAGUAUUCGAGAAUGAUCAGCCUUGGAUUCAUGUACUUCAACAGGUUGGAACACUAGUUGUCCCCAGCGCAGGGAAUAUGCACCAUAUCCACAAUUUAUUUGCGACAACGUUGGAGAGCGGUGCCUACGUUCAAUCAAUCAAUUCUACCUGUUGCAGACCAGGUGUCAGAGGCUUAGUGCUUCCUUCGUGGUUGCUUCCAGAGUUGAACGCAUCGGUACAAUUCCAUCAUGCUCCGUUUCCAUUCAGAUAUCCACCUCCCGAGCAUCUCAUUGUCCCUGAUUCGUGUGCUGUGGAGACACCCUCCUUUAGCGCAUCUAUGCCAUUUUCAUCGGGAUAUCCACCCCUCGAGCACUUCGGUCUCGCUGAUCCGGUCCUUCAACAUGCUGCUGAGAUGCCUGUCAUUGGCACGUCUGUGCCAAGUUUGGAUCACAUUGAUCAUGCAUACAGUGACUUCAACUUCUACGACCACUCCACUGGCUAUUCUGCAAGCGCCGUUGACAAGUAUCUCAUUCCAGAGGACACAAAUGAAACACAACUCGAGCUAGCCUUUGACAUGACUCACAAGACCUACGAGGACAUGGAGUCCCACCCAGUGAUCGCGAGGAUUUCAGAGACCAAAACUGUGUCUGCUGGAUGGCCUGUGCUUCGCUUAAGUCUGGUUAAGUCGUUCUCCAGUGCCAAAUCGGACCUAGGAAAAAUCCUGAAAGGUGCGAUGUCAGCGCACCCCAACUUUGCCGGUACCAAGACGAUCAAGAAGGCUAUCUCCUUCGUUCUGGCUCUUAACUCGGGCCAAUCCUCUCAGGUCCAGCAAGCAAUUUCGGACCUCAUAAGUCACCAGGUUUACCAUAUUCUACUUCUCAUGGUGAAGGAUGAAUUAAAGAAGAGGAAGACCAUGGUCAUGAGCGAAGCCGAGGUCGGGAACGAAGCUGAGGCCGAGGUCAAGGUGAACAUCGAUAUCGAUGCCAGCGCUAAUAUCCUGGAACCAGCGCCGAUGAAUGCCAUUAUCAUGGCGGCUCUAGACCAUAUGUACAAGCACCUACACAUGUUUCCAACGUUCUCGGAGGCUGUGAGGAGUCUCCCCUUCGUAACGAGUUCUAAUGUUCUUCAGAUCUCUGCAAAGUCGCGACUUGCGAAAAGCACUAUCUCUGACACUACCAGUGACAGGCAAAUGGUCCUGGAAGACAUUCGGCCUAUUGUUGUUCAGCCAAUCCCCUCUGAUCAGUUUGGCGUGCUUCCCAAUAGCAACGGCUUUAGUUCCCCGAAGUCUCUGAGAGUCGUGUGGGACUUGCCCAUGUCAUCAUUCUCGCGCAAGUAA